GGUGUUCAAACCGGUAAUACAGUGCAGGAUGAUCCGUAAACUAAGCAGGAAGGUUCGAGGAGUAGGAGAUGAAGAUCAGGAGCUGACAUCAGCUAGGGGGGUUCAAGACCUUACUCCUACUAAAAGUGUUCAACCGGAGAAGGUUUUUGUAAAGAAAAGUUCUAGUUCACGUCUCCAAGAUCCAGAUACCCCUAUAGUUCCAAAGAAAUCAGUGUCUGGAGUUCAAAGAUCGGCAACUAUGAGAGAAGAUCGACGUGAAAAGAAAAUCAGCAGAUCGGCAUCAUCUUCGCAUAUUGAGAAGAAAGUGUGUGGUGUCUGUUACAAGGAGCUGUCAGGGGCUAAGCUGCUGCCUUGUCAGCAUACAUUCUGCUGCUCCUGUCUUAUCCAAUAUGUCAACCCUAAGAUGCUCCUAGACUGCCCUAAAUGCAGAAAUGUUGUAACCGUUACUCCGGGUCUAACCAACCUUCCUGACUUUACUCCUGGAGCUAAGGUUGAACCAGGAGACAAUCCUGUUGAGAUUAAACAGAACCAGAACUGUGGCAGUUGUAACUCUGAAGAUAUUGACGCCCGAUCCUGUCUUCAUUGUAACAAGAAAUAUUGUUCUCUAUGUCUGGACCCGCACUUGAACCUACUGGAGGAACAGAAAGAGACGAUGAGUAUUCAUCUUCAGGAGACAUUAGAGUCCCUCGCCAUAUCUCUCGAGGAGUUCAAGGACCAGAUGUCAGAUAUAGCUGUUGUAGCAGACGAGGCUGUAGAGAUCAAGAUCUCCAGUAUUCAGAACAGAAGAUCAAAGCUAGAUGAAGAACUCUGUGAUCUUCUGAACUCUAAAAAUGUAGAGAUGGAGAGAUUGAGAAAUGGAACAGAGAAGAUGAUUAAAAAGCUGGGAACAGGAACAGACGGAGGAACUCAGGAGCAGAAGAUGUUACAGUUGAAGAGUAUGCGGGGGGACUAUGAUAAGCUGAUUAAAGACCUGGAGGGGUUUAUGGCGGACAAGAUUGAUAUUGAUACAGAGAACAUCACUCUAGUGGACAGAGAACAUGGAGACAAAAUUAAAAAAGGAAAAACAAAUGUUGCGAUGAGUCACCUGCAAGAUGUGGCGAAGUUGACCUGGAGCGGAUGCGUCCAACCCUCUGCUGCUGCUGAGUGCCCCUGGAACGGUCAAGUCUGGGUCUGCGCCACAGGUUCUGGGGAGAUUGGAAUAUUUAGUCAGGAGGGUAAAUUAGUAAACACAGUUGCUCACCAGGGAAUGCUCUAUCCUAUCAGUAUAGGCUUCAACAUUACACACAGAGAAGUUUAUGUUGCAGACCAAAGGCAGCAGUGCAUUUGGAUUAUCAAUGGUGAUACCUUUGCUGUUCUGAACUGUAUUGGGAAGGAGAACACAAAGAAGGGUAAAAUGUCGAGCCCAAGCUGUCUUAUGGUCGACCUCAAACAAAGGAUUUAUCUAACCAACACUGGGGAUACAAAAAUACAGGUUUGGAAUAGAUCGGGAGAACAUGUAAGAAACCUUGGACAUGGAGAGGACGGGUUGAGUGGUAUCCGGGUCCCUACUACUGUAUCCUGUAAUAGAUCAGGGAGAAGGAUUGCUGUUCUUGAUGCUGGAGAUAUGAGGGUUCACGUGAUCUCCACUAUAUCCUGGAGAAGCGUUUUCCAGUUAACCGGAGCAGAGAGGAUCCUUGGUGUAUCCUGGAACAAUCAGGAUCAAAUAAUCAUCCUACUCAAGGAUAAAAUACAGGUGUACGAUGGAACUAUCCUGAUAAAGACGGAGAAGAUAGAACCUGGAGCAUCAGCUUUAUCUAUUCUAGGAGUGGACAUUGGAUUAAACUAUACACAUCAUGUUAUCAUCAAACGAUGGAAAGAAAGAAAAUAAAGAAAAAUUACAUCAGAAUAUAAACUGUAAAAUAUAUAUGUAUUUGUCAUAGAAAAAUAAAUAUAAUCUACGAACAGUAUCAACUUGAA